AUGGAAAAAAAAUAUUAUAGUUUUGUAGAUAAAUUUGAUGAAUAUAGAAACACACUAAACACAAUAGAUAAACAGUCGAUUGAUUAUUAUAGAGUUAAAUGUAAUGAUUUAAAAAUUCCUUAUUUUGAAGAUAUCAGGUCUAUCAUUGUAGAUAUAUGUCCCAAAGCUGUAUCGUAUUUAAAAAAUAUGAGUGAAAAGGAUGAAAAAUAUGAAAGAGAUGACGCUUGUAAAUACCUGUAUUAUUGGAUUUAUCAUGAUGUUCUUAAUGAAAAAAAAGAUUAUAAUAUUUUUGGACUCCUUCUUACGCUGAUCUUGGAAAAUAGAGAUAUAUUUAGUGACAAAUAUAUACAAGAGUUUUAUACAAAUUGUUCUAUUCAUAGGGAUGACUUGCAAAAGCUCACAGUUCUAUAUGAUAUACAUAAGCAUUCUAAAUAUAUAAAAGAAUAUAAAUGUGAACACAAAAACAAUGAUGAAUUUUGUAAUGCUAUAAAAAAAAUUAUAGAUCCUAAUAAUACACAAAUGAAAAAUGAAGAUCUUAAAAUUAAUACAUCCAUAAAAUCAACAAUUAGCCAAUAUAAUGUUGAGAUUCCUAUUAUAAUUACAAUUGUUGUAACGUUAUUAAUAUAUAGCUUGAUAUUCAUUAUGUAUAAGGUUAGUCAUUCGCUAAGUUAUAUUUAUGAUUUCAAAUUAUAUCGUUCACAUAUACGUAUUGGAAUAAAAAGUAUUAAGAAAAAAAUAAAUAAUAUAGAAAAAGAGUGGAAAAACUUACAGAAUACUGAUAUAUUUAGAAGGAUCAUUUGGAAUGGAAGAUACAACAUUUUAUAUUACUCUGAUUAA